UAGGUGUCGCGGGCGACGGGCUUUCUACAGUGGCCGGGCCGUGCGCCCUUUUUAGGAGCUCCUUGUGUCGAAAGGCGCUGUUGGCACUUUGAGGAGGACAGUGAACCACCUACAGUUCUGUUGUCGGGUAAUCGGUCCACCUGCUCGUAGGGUUAUUUAAAACACUGCUCCGUUCGGUACUUGAGAAGUGUGAUAUGUGUCCUCAAACCUCACUCGUGUCUUGUCCCUCUGAAGGAAAAUCUAGACUUCAGGAGUCCUCAGUGUAGCUGACAUUUUUCUUGUUCACUUCGUCCUCCAGUCUCCUUACCCCCAGGAAUUCGAAAUGCUUUACCUGAUCGGCUUGGGUCUGGGAGAUGCCAAGGACAUCACAGUCAAGGGCCUGGAAAUUGUAAGACGUUGCAAUCGAGUGUAUCUGGAAGCCUACACCUCAAUCCUGACUGUGGGGAAGGAAGCCCUGGAAGAAUUUUAUGGCAGAAAAUUGAUUCUUGCUGAUAGAGAAGAAGUGGAACAAGAAGCAGAUAAUAUUUUAAAGGAUGCCGAUACCAAUGAAGUUGCAUUCCUUGUGGUUGGCGAUCCAUUUGGGGCUACAACACACAGUGAUCUUAUUCUGAGAGCAACAAAGCUGGGAAUUCCAUAUCGAGUUAUUCACAAUGCCUCCAUAAUGAAUGCUGUAGGCUGCUGUGGUUUACAGCUGUAUAACUUUGGAGAGACAGUUUCUAUUGUGUUUUGGACAGACACUUGGAGACCAGAGAGCUUCUUUGACAAAGUGGAAAAGAACAGACAAAGUGGCAUGCAUACUUUAUGCUUACUAGAUAUCAAAAUAAAGGAGCAGUCUUUGGAAAAUCUAAUCAAAGGAAGGAAGAUCUAUGAUCCGCCUCGUUACAUGAGUGUAAACCAAGCAGCCCAGCAGCUUCUGGAAAUUGUCCAAAAUCGAAGAGAAGAAGGAGAAGAACCAGCAAUCACUGAGGACACACUUUGUGUUGGCUUAGCCAGGGUUGGAACUGAGGACCAGAAGAUUGCAGCAGGCACUUUACAGCAGAUGUGUACAGUGGACUUGGGAGGACCAUUGCAUUCCCUGAUUAUCACAGGAGGCAGCAUGCAUCCACUGGAGAAGGAGAUGCUAAGUCUGUUUUCCAUAUCAGAACAACCUUGAUGGACUCUGAACAUGGACAUUCUCUAUGGUCAAAUUUCAGUCAUAUAUGGAUGUACAUGUAUUUGUAUGACAAAUGAAACAGGUCUUUUUGGUUUGUCUAAAAGUAAUAAUAAUAACAAGUGACUAAAAAGAAGAGUUGCCUCAACAGUGCUUGGUUUCCUGCAACAUUGAGUUUUUUCCCUAUGAUAUCAUCAGUUGUGUUGCUUUGGCAACUUUUCAGGAUGUACAGGCAUAAAGCAGACCAAGCUGGAAACCUUGUGGGUAAGUGUCCACAGACAGAAUCACUUAAAAGCAAUUUUUAUUUAUGAAACCAGUUAAUACGAAGUGGUUGGUGCAGAGUAUAACUUAGAGGUAACUAGAAUGUGAAUCACCUAAAUCCUGCUUUUAAAGGUUAAGAAAUGUAGCAAUGGCCAUAGAAGCAAGUGAAAGAUUGGUAACCAUUCAUAUGUUGUUUUUAUAACUUUCUUCGACAAAAAGUUAGCUGUCCUAACUACAAGGUGAGUUUUCCCAACAGAGCCGGUAUUGGGAGUUAGUAACAGAAAUGAGAAUACAUUUCCACCUUAUCCCACCUGCUUACCUUAAAGCCUGAGCAAGUACAAGCUUCAAAAUGACACUCUUCUGAACUGAUUGUAUUGGUUAGCUGACAUCCUAGUUAUGUGACCCAUUCUGCUGUAUUUUGGCAGUUAUAUACUUACUUAAUUAUAAAUAUUCAGCCAGCCAUGUACAGUUGCUGCUUUGUUUUAAAUAACAUCUUUCCACAUUCAGGCAGGUAUAUGGAAGCUUGCUGACUACAAAAUAAAAUUUUUAAAAUAUUGGUUUGAAGACAAUAGAUUGAUCAAAAUUUUUCAUAUCAUUUAAUUCAGUUAAUGUGCCAUCAUUUAUGUGAGUAAUCUCACUAGUUUUAAAUAACAUUUAUUUCAUGACCAUAGUUUAAUAUUUUUUGUCAAUUUGGAAUAAAAAUAGCUUUGCUGCAUGCUAGUUCAGUUAGUCAAAUUCUGAGUAUAUCUGUCACCCUAAUCAAUUUGACUUCUUUGCUUAGUUGUCGGAGAAGUUCAAGCCUGGCUGGGUGAGGUGCACUGCACUCCUGUCUCCUGAGCUAACUCGGAGACCUUGCUA